AUGAAUACUACGGGACGAUCGAGUGCUGUGAAUGUGCGUCUGCCGAAAAUCGAAUUACCUACGUUUGAUGGUGAUUCUACCAAGUGGCUUACUUUCCGGGACCGAUUUGUAGCUAUGAUUGAUUCUUCCGCGGACAUUCCUAACAUCAUGAAGCUGCAAUAUCUGCUGUCGUCGUUAAAGGGUGAUGCUGGAUUGCUCUUCGAGCAUACCACCUUGACAGCAGAUAAUUACGACGUGACGUGGACUGCCUUGCUGAAGCGAUACGACAACCCGCGUACGCUUGUUCGCGAGUACUACCGGAAGAUUCAUCACCUACCGACAAAACUCGACGAGCCCGUUGAGUACUGGGAUACGCCGCUCGCCAACCUCUUGCUGAUGAAACUGGACACGGAGACCAUCUUGGCUUGGGAAAACCAUUCAGCACAGCACACGAAAGAUAAGUACAAGGAGUUAGUAGAUUUCCUUCAUAGUCGUGUCCGAAUCCUUAAGUCAACGCGUCGCUUUGUCGUGUCGUUGCCGCGAAAUGCCAAACCGGAGAAAGUCCUGGGUUUGUCCAGGGAUAUAGCAGAUUUGCGUUUGUUGGGAGUUGAACGGCGGCUAAAAGCCAAUCCUGUAAUGGAAAAGGAGUAUAAAAGGUUCAUGGUAGAAUACGAGCAGUUGGGACACAUGGUGAAACUCACCGAACCUGUCGACGAUAGUGAGCCGCACUGCUACAUCCCUCAUCAUGCCGUGAUUAAGGAGUCGAGUUCUUCAACCAAGGUUCGUGUUGUUUUCGAUGCAUCCUGCAAAACAACAUCGGGCUACUCCUUGAACGACACCUUACUCAUUGGCCCAACGGUACAAGAUGAUCUGCUCACAAUCAUCUUGCGAUUCAGGAAGCAUUCUGUCGCAUUAGUGGCAGACGUGGAGAAGAUAUACAGGCAGAUCCUGCAUUAUGAGAAAGAUCGAAAACUGCUACGCAUUCGAUAUCGGGAACGUUCAACCGAACCAAUAGCAACGUAUGAGCUACAAACGGUGAACUACGGUACCGCAUCAGCUCCGUUCUUGGCCACUCGUACGUUGCAACAAAUCGCGCAUGACAACAAACAGGAGUACCCCAAAGCCGUAGACCCGGUUCUGCAUGAUUUUUAUGUGGAUGACUUGCUGACUGGUGCAGCAAGUGUUUCAGAAGCCAUCGAGACACGUAAACAGAUAUCAUCGAUGUUGGAAUCAGCGGGCUUCUCACUAAAGAAAUGGGCGUCGAACAUACCGGCUGCGCUUGAUGGUGUGCCAAGCGCCGAUUUGGCCAUCAAAUCAGUUCUAGACUGGCAAGAAGACCAGGCAGUCUCAACACUGGGCUUGGUUUGGGAACCAUCCAACGAUAUGUUUCGGUUUCGGGUGGAUUUGCCACCCCCUGCAGAAGAGCUAACACGAUGCCUGGUGUUAUCAUACACGGCCAGAAUCUUCGAUCCUCUUGGUCUGUUGGGACCAACGGUGAUACUCGCCAAGAUGUUCCUGCAACGCCUAUGGGGAUUGAAGCACGAGGGGAAGACGCUGGACUGGAAUCGUCCGCUACCAGCGGAGAUUCAGGAAGAGUGGAGGAGGUUCCACUCAACGGUCUAUGUGUUACGCGAACUGCGAGUACCUCGAUUGGUGGCACAUAGCAAUCCGGAAAGGCUGCAGCUGCAUCUCUUCGCGGAUGCAUCUCAAGGAGCGGCGAGCAAGUCAACGUCGAUCAACAGCGUCAAGCGGAAUACGGACAUGAAGACGUUAUUGAGUUCCGUUCCACCGCUUACAGCAGCGGAGUUGCAGGAUGCGGAACUGAGGUUGUGUCAACGGGCACAACAUGAUUCGUUUGCGGAGGAAACGAGGAAAGCUGGUGUGUUACGCGUCGGUGGCCGGCUUGGUAACGCCAACAUACCAGAGUCAACCAAACAUCCGAUUGUCCUCGCUGCAUCACAUCGGCUGUCGACACUACUGGUCGAGAACACUCAUCAUCAAAAGAUGCACGCGGGGCCACAAUUCAUGUUAGCAACGAUCCGGCAGAAGUUUUGGUUGAUUGGGGGCCGAAACUUAGCAAAGAGCGUGUACCAUCGAUGCCACACAUGCUUUCGGAACAAGCCAACGCUGGUGAAACAGGCGAUAGCUGAUUUGCCUAAGUCACGAGUGACACCAACGCGACCGUUUGCCGUCAGCGGCGUCGACUACUGUGGGACGUUUUUGUUAAAGUCGACCGUGCGCAACCGAAGCCCAACGAAGGCAUCCAUCGCGAUAUUCGUAUGUUUCGCGACAAGGGCAGUCCAUAUCGAGCUGGUGAGUGAUCUCACAUCGACUGCUUUCCUAUCAGCACUACGUCGCUUUGUCGCGAGACGUGGUAAAGUAGCCGAAUUGCAUUCGGACAAUGCAACGACGUUCAAGGGCGCGGCACACGAGUUGCAUCGCAUCUAUAGGAUGCUGAAAAUCGAUGAGGGUGAUAGGAGAGCGAUCUUUGAUUGGUGCGCAGAGAACGAACUGGUAUGGAAGUUUAUCCCCCCGCGUGCGCCUCAUUUUGGAGGACUUUGGGAAGCGGCAGUUAAGUCCGCUAAAAGGCAUCUGUUAAAGACGAUAGCAGUUAGAAGUGUGACGCAAGAAAAUAUGCUUACCCUUCUGGCACAAGUUGAGUUUUGUUUAAAUUCGCGUCCAUUGAUACCAAUAUCAGGUGAGCCAACAGAUUUGGAAGCACUAACCCCGGGCCAUUUCUUGAUAGGGAGUAGCAUGCAGGCGGUACCACAAGUAGAUCUUAGCAAGGUUUCUCCGAACCGUUUGAAGGAGUACCAAUUAGUGCAAAGGCAGAUGCAAGAGAUUUGGGCACGGUGGUACCCAGAAUAUCUACAGCAGCUACAGGCCAGGGCAAAGCACGCAAACAAUACACCGGUGAAGCUAGAAGUGAACCAAUUAGUGAUCGUGAAAGAAGACAAUACCCCACCUGCAGUUUGGCCAAAAGGGCGAAUAACAGCUUUGCACCCAGGAAAAGACGGUGUAGUGAGAGUAGUAACUUUACGAGUGGGCACAGGAAAAGAAAUUGUUCGAGCCGUCAGCAGAAUCGCGUUACUACCCAAUCCAAUCGAACAGAGAGGUUAG